UCCUCCUCCUCCUCCUCCACCGUCCGAGCGAAACUGGAACAUCGCCGACGAGGAAGAGGAAGAAGACCACGACAUGGGCGCGAGCGACACGAAGGAGCAAAUCGACGUGAGGUCGGUCGUGGAAGCUAUCUCCGCCGACGACGCCGGCGGCGCCCCUCUCUACCAGGUCGAGAGCCUCUGCAUGCGCUGCCACGAAAACGGAGUGACGAGAUUCCUGCUUACGUUGAUUCCUCACUUUAGAAAGGUCUUGCUGUCGGCUUUCGAUUGCCCACACUGUGGUGAGAGGAACAAUGAAGUUCAGUUUGCUGGCGAGAUCCAACCUCGGGGAUGUUGCUACAGGUUGGAGGUUCCUGCAGGCGACCAGAAGAUGCUCAACCGGCAAGUUGUGAAAUCUGAAUCUGCCACUAUCAAGAUUCCUGAAUUGGAUUUCGAAAUUCCUCCUGAGGCUCAAAGGGGAUCCUUGUCAACGGUUGAAGGGAUAUUGGUACGAGCCACAGAAGAACUGCAAGCCCUCCAAGAAGAACGCAAGAAAGUGGACCCGCAGACAGCUGAAGCGAUUGAUCAGUUUUUGUUAAAACUGAAAGCUUGUGCCUCAGGAGAUUCUCCAUUUACCUUUAUCUUGGAUGAUCCCGCUGGAAACAGCUUCAUUGAGAACCUUUUUGCCCCAUCCCCUGAUCCCUCACUUACUAUCAAGUUUUAUGAGCGGACACCAGAACAACAAGCUUUAUUAGGGUACCUUGUCGACCCUGCACAGUGUAGAGAAGUUGGUGAUGGAGUGACAACAGAGGAAAUGGAAAGUGUUGUUCCAGAACCAAGAAGAAGAGAACCGCAUGGUGCAGUUGGAGCAGCAGCCGCUCAUCGUGCAAUUGCUCAGAGUAAUAGUGUAGAGAUUGCUGAUGUUAUGUUUCGUUACUCAGCGCCCGAAGAAGUUAUGACUUUCCCUUCGACUUGUGGAGCUUGUGCUGCUAGUUGUGAAACUCGAAUGUUCGUCACCAAUAUCCCAUACUUUCAAGAAGUAAUUGUGAUGGCGUCGACAUGCGAUGCCUGUGGUUAUCGUAAUUCAGAGUUGAAGCCUGGUGGUCGAAUUCCUGAGAAGGGGAAGAGAAUAUCUCUUUGUGUGAAGAAUACAGAAGAUUUAAGCCGUGAUGUUAUUAAGUCUGAUACUGCCAGCGUGAGUGUUCCAGAGCUUGAGUUGGAGCUUGCGAGUGGCACUUUAGGUGGAGUCGUUACCACUGUUGAAGGAUUGAUCUCCAAGAUAAGUGAAAGCCUUGAGAGGGUGCAUGGAUUUACUUUUGGAGAUAGUCUGGAUGAUCACAAGAAAGCAAAGUGGAAAGACUUUAAAGAAAGACUACGGAAGCUUUUAAGUCUGGAGGACCACUGGACUUUGGUUCUGGAUGAUGCACUGGCAAAUUCUUUCAUUGCCCCAAUAACUGACGAUAUUAAGGACGACCAUCAGUUGACAUCUUCCAGUAUUGCCAAUUGGUAAUGUCUUGAUGGCAAAAGAUACAUGAUCUCAUCCAGGCAGGUUUCUUGCACAAAUGUUGCCUACCAAGGAAACCACAGGGUUUGACACCGGCAGUGGCAGAUACAGAUCCGUCUGACCACUGUUGACCAGGGGAGGGUUUAUAUUUAUCCCAAAAGGAAGAGACAGUAUCUGAGAUACGCAAUAACUUGCAUAUAAUGUCUCAACUUGUAAAUGAGACUUACGAGGGAGCUAUACAAGUACAUUAAUGGAAGUAUUAGUUGUGUUCCAGCAUAGAGUGAAUUUUUUCAUGUGACCAAAGAUGGAUGCAUGCUGAGUAAUUC